UGCCGACCUGAAUAAAAUAGAACGAUUUCUCUAAUUAGAAUUAGAAUAAACCCCCCCCACCUCAACUUCCCACUUCCUCAAUUUUCAAAUCUCCAAAAAUUCUCAGAUCCAAAACUCAAGUUUGAGAAGGCCAGUUUGUGAAUUAUCCGAUCUGGGGCUCUUGCAUGUUAGUUUGUUCUUCAAUUCCCUGACCCGGGUUCUUGCAUGUUACUCAGAGGCUGAAUUUUCAAGCAAAAUGAUCAAUAGGAAGGCUAUGGGGAAGGCUUCCCCAAUUUUCCUAAUACUACUGACUCUAGGGUUCUUCUUUGCGACCUACAACCUAGUCACACUAGUAAUCCACAACCAGAAUCAAGAACGGGUGAAAGAGAUGAUAGGUUCGACGACUGCUGACCCGGUAAUUCAAAUGCCCGAGGAGUUGAAGAAGUCGGUGGGACCAAAAAGGCCAUUUCAUGUUGCGCUAACGGCGACGGAUGCUCCUUAUAGCAAAUGGCAGUGCAGGAUAAUGUACUACUGGUACAAGAAGAUGAAGGAGGUGGAGGGGUCAGAUAUGGGAGGGUUUACAAGAGUUUUGCAUUCUGGGAACCCUGAUAACUUGAUUGAUGAGAUCCCCACCUUUGUUGUCAACCCCCUGCCGUCUGGCAUGGACCGGGGUUAUAUUGUAUUGAACAGACCAUGGGCAUUCGUGCAGUGGCUUGAGAGAGCACAUAUUGAAGAAGACUAUAUACUAAUGGCUGAACCGGAUCACAUCUUUGUGAACCCUUUACCAAACUUGGCUCGAGGAAGUUAUCCUGCAGCGUUCCCUUUUUUCUACAUUAAACCAACAGAUAAUGAGAAAAUCAUACGGAAGUUUUAUCCUGAAGAGAACGGUCCUGUGACUAAUGUUGACCCAAUAGGGAACUCUCCUGUUAUUAUUCAGAAGUCCCAGUUGCAAAAAAUUGCUCCUACAUGGAUGAAUGUCUCAUUGAAAAUGAAAGAUGAUCCAGAGACAGAUAAAGCUUUUGGUUGGGUAUUGGAAAUGUAUGCUUAUGCAGUGGCGAGUGCGUUGCAUGGAGUCCAACAUAUUCUUCGAAAAGAUUUUAUGAUACAGCCUCCAUGGGACUUGAAGGUGGGAGGAACAUUUAUAAUUCAUUACACUUAUGGAUGUGAUUAUUCAUUAAAGGGCGAGCUUACUUAUGGAAAAAUCGGCGAGUGGCGCUUUGAUAAAAGAUCUCACCUUCAUGGCCCACCUCCAAGAAAUCUUACCUUACCACCACCAGGGGUCCCUGAAAGUGUGGUUACCCUCGUGAAAAUGGUUAAUGAGGCUACAGCUAAUAUUCCAGGCUGGGAUGAUUCAAGCUAGUGAAAUAUUAUAAAAGAGACGGCAUUUUAAGGAAACUAGCUGUUAAAUUUUCUUUUAGACACACAAUCGGAAAGAGCGCGCCCAUAAUAAACAUAAGAGGAAGAUCGUCUUGGUUGAGAGAAAGAUGGAGCAGAAGUAACUGUACUUUUCUGGUGGCUGUUUCUAAAUAAGCAAACUCCUCAAUCAAAUGCCGAAGCUUCCAUAGGUUGCUGGUUUCCUUCAACAGUUUCUUCAAAGGUUGUCAUGAUUUGAAGUGGGUUUUGUGAUGCACAGUGUAGUAGACUCUCAGUAGGAACUUUAGCAUCCGUCACAAUGUUUCAUUGAUUACAGUGGAUGAACUCUUUUAAGUUACUCUUCCUUGAUUUAUAGAUUUUACCAUUUGUGAA